AGGAAAACAAAUGAGUGUGAAACUAAUGUCACAUGAGUUCAUCACAUAUCCUCUACAAGGUUCCAGGUUUCAAUGUCGAAUCCCAAGUUGAACACUUGAAGUUCCAAUAUAGUACUACUAGAUUCAUUUCCCUGUUCAUAAAUCUUCUUGUUUGUUUCCCCCAUGACCACACUCGUUCAUUUCACGACUCAAGUUUCACACUUGAGGCCCAAGUGCUUCUUCCAUGGUGGUGCCACCACAUUCAAGAAGAGACCCACUUUCUCUUUCUCUCAGUUGGACUCAAAGUUUUGUUCUUUUCAUCUGGGUAGCUACAACUUCAACAACAAGCACAUAACUUGCAGAGAGAGGAGGGGAUCCUUGUUACUGGGAGGGGCAGUGUUUCGAAAUGGGAUUUUGUUGGAAGAGAAUAAGGGUUGCAAGAGGGUUGUUAUAGUGAGGAACAAUCAAGGGUUUGGCUUCAAUGGUGGUGGUGGUGGUGGUGGUGGAAGAGACGAUGGAGCUAAUGUUAGGAUUUUGGGUAAUCUUGCUUUGGCUAUUGGAUUAACUUAUCUUUCAAUGACUGGGCAGCUUGGCUGGAUUUUGGAUGCUAUUGUUUCAAUUUGGAUCUUUGCUGUUCUCAUACCGGUAGUAGGUAUUGGUUUCUUCAUCUGGUGGGCUGGACGAGAUAUAAUGCAAGGCACUUGUCCAAAUUGUGGAAAUGAUUUUCAGGUUUUCAAAUCCUCUCUAAAUGAUGAUUUGCAGUUGUGCCCUUUUUGUGGUCAACCUUUCUCUGUUGUUGGCGAUGAGUUUGUGAAGGACUCCGUGAAGUUCUCAAACCAAUCUACAACAUUUGGACAAGCAUUCAACAAUUUCUCCGGUUCUAGAAAUGAGAAAGAUUCAAGUAGAGCGAUUGAUGUUGAAGCUGAAAUCAAAGACGCAGAUUGAGUAUUCACAUCACAACCAUAGCAAGUUGCAUUCGAGGUGGAAUUGAAGCUGUUAAGGUAAAGAUGUGGCUGCAGAAUACAUUUUCCUUUGUACUGGAAGACACAAGGAAAAAAUGUUACAGAUAUAUUGAGAGACAGGACAGGAGUAUGGUGAGAACAUUGCAAUUGUAAUAUAAGAUUUUGACAGUGAUGUUUCUCAUGUCAUACCUCUAUAUUCUGUGCUUACUACAGAACAUAGAUAUUUUUGGUAGGGGAAGGUGGUUGCAAUUUUUUACAUUGUUAUGACAUGCUGCAAGUUACCAGUCUCAGCAAUUUCUCGGUUAUUUGUAAGUUGUAAAACAUUGAAGUUAUACAUAAUGGGUGUUUAUGAA